UUUUCGAGCAAAAGUUAGAUCAUUUUUGUCACUGCAACGUUUCUGGUUUUGUUUUGCUUGUGUUUAAGGAGAACUGAGAAGUGCUUUUUAUACAUCUCACGCCUUUUGAUCUUCUAGCUACGGCGAUUGACCACAAUGAGUAAUUUCUCAGCUCUAAAAUUAAGUGCAUGAGUUAAUAUUUGAUGGCUGUUGAGGUAGAUGAGAUAAUUUCACGGAGAUACUUUUCGCUCUUCUUUUCUUAAUCAGAACGGUUUCCGGUUAAGGCCAGUGUAAUCUCCCAGCUCUACGCAUCCAGUAGAAAUGGUUACUUUUUAGUCCACCUCAGAUGACACUCGCUUAUGAAUCCGUCUGCCUUUUUAUGUUUUGUUCACUUUUUCAUUGCUCUGGAGUUAAUCGGCACAAAUAGAAUUACGGGGUUACACAGGAGUCAUGUAAAUCUACUUCCAAGCCGGGACGGACGUGUUACAAAUGGACAAGGAAACAUAAGGUAUAACAAUCGCCAAGCUAAAACAGAGGGCGGUCCUACUAUCGACAGUGUGAAACGUUGGAGGAUCAAACAAGACAACAGCCACCUGCAGGAUAAAAAUGAUAGUAAUUCAAAGCCAUGCGAGGGAAAGUCGUGCUUAUGGAGCACAAGACAUCCUUUCAAAACCAAACCUAAAGAUUCAGUGGUAAAUCACCGUCGAAGAAGACAGUCCGUAUUCUUAGCCAAAGCACUUGACAUGCUGGAUCAUGCUAGACCGGGCGAAGGUAGUAACUUUGCUACUCGCGCAACGGCAAAUAGGCCAUUUAAGCCAAUUACCGGCAUUGAUAAAAACACAAACAAAUUUACCGUCAAAAAUUCUACGUUGGUUAACAAGCCUACAAAGAAUCAGGCGGGAGAUAAAAGACAGGGAUGGUCUGAUCCCACUAGUGAGAUGAGACCGCGUUUCUUUUUCAAUAGCGCGCCUGCGGAAUACGUCGAGCAGAAGCCUCCGUCUUUGAGAACUGGUCAGGGACCAGGUAAUUUAGUUUUGCCUCCAGAGACUAGAGCAGGGCCACAUGUACCUCCUCACUUGCACCGGAUAAAUACAUUUUUAAAAGGAGUUAAUGAUGGCUUACACAUGGGAAAGCAUCCUGUUCGCUUCCCGCACAUACCAGCUAAUGUCGUCGGUAAUCCCUUAUCACAUCGAAUGACUGCUCCAUCCCACUUCCAUAAUCAUCUACGUCACCAUCAAUUUGGUCCACCACCGUACGCUAUCCAUAUCAAUGCGCCGCCCAGACUUGAGCCUCCUCUUCCACCUCCUAAUUUAAUACCUCAAAACAUCCCUCCCUUCCCUCAACCACCUCCAGAAGUUUUAGGUGAGCCAAUGCCUCCCUUAAAUCCUCCAGUCGGCAUUGAACCUCCCAAUCCACCCAAAAAUGAUGCAGCUAUGCCCGGUGAUGUCAAUAUGCUGCCACCAGGAGGCAUUCCCAUGCCACCACCUCCAAUCAAUUUGCCAGAGAGCACACCACUUGAGGACUUUUCACCCGUUUUACCACCGCGUCCUCCUUCUGGAGUUGACCCUCUAUCACCUGACUUUGAAAUAAUGCCGCCUGCAGUGAUCCCCAUUCAUACAACUCACCCCAUAGAUGCACCUAUUGGAAUCCCAAGUGACCUUCACAUGACACCACCGCAAGGAGUUCCUAUGUCUCCCCCUGAAGCUGCUUUGCAAGGGAUCCCCAUGCCAGGUGAGGAGCCACCGAUGCCACUUCCUCAUCAUGUACAGCGCGCCCCUUUUCCUGUGGCUGUUCCAUCACCACCUAGAAUAGAGAAUGUACCUUACCCAGUUCCUGUUCCAGGUCCGCCGUCUAUUCAGCCUUUAGUUGUACCCGUCCAAGUUCCAUCACCUCCCAAGAUUCAGCGGGUGCCUGUUCCAGUAGAAUCUCCUCCUAAGAUACAGAAUGUACCUGUCCCUGUUCCAGUAGCCGUUCCUUCUCCUCCUCAGAUAAGGCAUGUGCCAUAUCCCGUCGCCCUUCCCGUGAAACAGCCAGGUGAAAUCCAAAAAAUAUUUUACCCAAUAGCAGUUCCUCAACCUUCUCAGAUUCACCAUGUUCCGUUUCCUGUUUACAUUCGCUAUCCCCCAGAAAUAAGACGAAUUCCCGUCCCUGUUGCCUUACCUCCAAAGCCCUUUCCCGUUCCAGUGCCUUCACCACCACAUUAUGUUAUCCAUCGAGUUCCUUAUCCGGUCAUGUUUCCGCAAAAAGUUCCUUAUCCUGUUCCGCUUGUUGUUCAACAUCAUCACAUUCACGAGGACGUCGGUAAUACAAGAGAGUCAGUAAGUAAUGGUCAGUGUCUGGUGAAUCUUUGUCUGAAUGGGGGAACCUGCUCAGCUUAUAUGAACACCUACAGAUGCCAUUGCCCCAAUGGAUUUCAAGGAAAACAUUGCGAAGAGCAAAACAUGUGUGAGCCAAAUCCUUGUAAAAACUUUGGUACUUGCUCCCAAGUUGAGCAUGAAUACGAGUGUACCUGUACUAAGGGAUUCAUUGGAAAGAACUGUGACAGAGCAGACCCAUGUUUUCCGUCUCCUUGUGAAAACGGAGCUACCUGUUCAUCAGACGGAUCUUCUUACUCUUGUACUUGCAGGAUUGGUUGGAUUGGAAAGAACUGCCAAGUUGAAUCAAAGUGUCUUCCAAUCAACCCAUGCCAAAAUGGUGGAACUUGCACAGAGGCACAAGGAAGAUACCAAUGUGACUGUAGUCCUGGUUGGUCAGGCUUAAGCUGUGAAGUUUCAGCUCCGGAAACCCUUCAUCAAAGAGUAAUCUGUGAUAAUUGUCACACUUCGGAUGACUUUAUUGAGCAAAGAAACAAACUGCACCACAGACUGACGGCAGUCAAAAAAUGGAAAGUCAGCAGAGGAUCUCUUAAUUUUGUCAUCAAAAUUGACUCAGAAAACUGUGUUCUGGUGACAUCCCCUGAUGGUCCCUAUUCUGAACCCAUGGUAGCCUUGCUCUCAGUUAUCGUGGCACUUACCUGCAGUUUUGUGGUGACAACCAACUGGUCCUCGGUGAAAUCGAUGAGAAAUCUGGCCAGAAGGCUCAACACAUCUAAGAAAAACCAUGCACGUUCGGAAAAGAAGAUGAUCAUGUUGACAGUGAAAAUUGUUUUAGUCUAUUUGAUUACCGUAGCUCCCAUGUCUCUGUGGUCAUUUGGCUUGCGUGCUGCAGGAAUUAAAAACUGUGUAUUCUGCAACGAUGUACGAAUUUAUCUACAGUUGUUACUUCUCGUUAAAUAUCUUGCUAAUCCUUUUAUUUUCAUGGGAUCGAUAUGGAAGAAAAAAGGGUCUAUAGGCCAAACAGGGUUUUUGAGAAAAAAUGGAUUCAAAAGCCAAAUAGCCGUGGAGUUUAGAAAAUCAAAAGGAAGGCAUCAACGGAGACUACCGCGGCAGUUUCUUGGAGAAGAUUCAUCCUUAGGAGGUAUUCAUGAGCUGACUUCAAGUCGACGAGUGGUAACAAUUUAUGAGGAAAACGAAGAACAAAUAGAAUUUAAAGGUAAUCAAGUGGCAUACCACGUAAACCAGGGAACACAGACAAACUUCCAAGAGCUAAACAUCUUCCCAAGUUUGAGCCAUUUGAGCGAAAUGGACAAUUCCUUGCCUAAUGUAUUGACCCCAUAUGUAAAGUUGGGAAUUUCUACCCAGUCCAAAGAAAUGGAGCUUAGAGGUUUGACGACCGUGGUUAUUUGGUUAAAUUUAGGGGUUAUUUUUGGCUCCAUGAAAUUACAUAUGGCUGGGGAGGAAAGGUCGACAGUCCGCGGUCAAAACAUAGUCAAAAGAUCAUCACCAUCUCAUCAAAGACAAAGCAAUAUUCGAACUCAUUUCAAACAGCGUUCAACAAGUGAAGUGCGCAAUCUGACGACUAUAUAUAAGAAAAAAAACGUACUUAGACUAAGCAUAGGAAAACGGAGAAGCUUAUCGAGAAGACUAAUUGCGACAAAAAAAUUAAGACAUGGCUUCCUCGAGCAAAUAUCAAAGAAAACUGAAACUAGUGCGUAUCCCGGAAGGAGAAAUAUUGCUUAUUAUAAGACACCGUCGUUUCCCUCACACUUGGAUUUUAAACUGGCACGCCGGGACGAGGAUGGACUUCUGAAGAGAUCUCGAAAUAGAGUCAGACUUAAAAAUCAAGGAACACCGGCUAGAAUUAUGGAGUCGUCAAAAAAAUGGUUUCCAAAGAAGUAUAACAUUACCUUGGAUACAAAAGAACCCGAAAAAAUUAAUGCUUCGAGUGAGAUGAAACGGCAGCGUAUUUCUGAUGGAUUCAUGUUUGCAGACAGACUUAACGAGCUUCCCAGUGACGGCGUGCAGCUGAAUGAAAACCCCGAUAGCUUCUUUGCCAAUCCAUUAGCUACCAAGCCAGAGCAACGUAUUCUCCAUUCGUCGCAUUUCUUUUCCCCAGCCGUACACAAGUUUUUGCCCGCUGAACAUCGUUUUUCCGGAGAACCCAUUCACAGAUAUCUGUCAUCGCCAGUCCUAUUUAAGGAUGCAAACACAGAGGGUCUCUCACGUUUUGUUGCCAGGGGAGAUCCCGGAUCAAAUGGACUUUUUGAAGGUCCACCGAUGCCACCUCUAUUUCAAGGCCCACCUUACCAUGGAAAUCGCGUCAUUAUUUUUAAUAGGCCCAUUCAUACCCCUGUUCCCGUGCCCGUGCACGGGCCUCCGAGGAUUGCAGUUAUACAUCACCCAGUACCACUACCACCCCAACAGAUCCCUGUUCCUGUCCCGAUCCCUGGGCCGAGGCCUCCGCAAUAUAUUGUCAUUCACAGAGACUUCUCAGGACCCGCGAUUGACCCUUGUGGUGUCAAUCCCUGUAGAAACGGAGGUACUUGCACAGCAGUAGUCACAGAUUUCAAAUGCAUCUGCCCAGUGGGAUACAAAGGAGAAAGAUGUGAAGUUCAAAGCAGAUGCUUGCCAAAUCCAUGCAAGAACUUUGGGAAAUGUACCGAACUCCCUGAAGAUUUCGAGUGUACCUGUCACACUGGCUUCCAUGGAAAAGCAUGUGACCUUGAAAGCAAGUGUGAACCUAAUCCUUGCAGAAACGGUGGGGUGUGCACGGAAAACAUUGAAAAUUACAUCUGCUCAUGCGCGGCCGGAUUUAUGGGCAAAAACUGCGAGCGGGAAUCUAAGUGUUUGCCCAUCAACCCAUGUAAAAACAGCGGCGUGUGCACGGAAGACCUGAGCGGUUACAAAUGCAAUUGUAAAGAUGGAUUUGACGGAGUCAAUUGUGAAGUUCGCCAGACAAGCACUGCCUGCGACAGUACUCCUUGCUUAAAUGGCGGUACCUGUAUCACUGACAUCUACGACUUCUCCAAAUUUUCAUGUUACUGUGGGUCGGGCUUUACUGGAUUGAGCUGCGAAGCUCCACCCAGAGCAGCGUGUCAUCCAAACCCUUGUCUUAAUGGAGGAAUGUGCAAAGAAACAGGAGUCAACCAGGAUUUUGAAUGCAUCUGUCCUAACCCUCGGUUCAAGGGGAGGUUUUGCGACGUGGACAUGUGCGCCGAAUGCGAUCCUCAUGCUCGUUGUAUCAACGGAAAGUGUUUCUGCAGGAGAGGAUAUUCUGGUGAUGGGUUUUCGUGUAAAAGAGUGAAACCAAAGUGUCCGCAAUAUUCCUACACAGUUACCGGCGACAUUUGCAUUUGCAACCCGGGGUACUAUAUGAACAAUACUGGAAAGCGCCCAUGUAUCCCGAUCACGGCGACAUCUCGAACUACAAUGCAACACGGGACCCAGCUCCAGAUACCUCCACCGGCACUUGGUAGUACAGAAACUGGAGGUGGACAACAGUGGUCAGAAGACAUCGUUGUCACAGAAUACCGUAGUUUAGGCUGCUGGGCCGACACCACCGAGUGGCGAGAUCCAUCGAAACGCGCGAUGAUGGUCAUGGAAGGCUUAGAUCCGAAUCUUGCUGACAAUUACCACGAGCGAAAACAGCCGAUCAGCAAGUGUGCUGACGUGGCGAAGAGACUGGGUCUUAAAGUGUUUGCCAUACAAAACGGAGGCCAAUGUUUCGGUGGCGCAGAUGAUAACAGUUACAAGAGGUAUGGAACUUCUGAGAAUUGCGGUGACGGAGUUGGUGGAUCCUUGGCGAACGACGUGUACAAGCUCUGACUGUUUUAAAUUAAAAUGUCAGUUAUUUUAAUAAGACACCUUAGCUUUCAAGCGAUGAUGCAGCGGACUGAAAUUACAUCAUCCAAAGCAUGUGGCACUAAGUAAGAGGCUUUCACAAUAGGAAAGGGUCCAAUGCAAAAGUAAACAAUCACUCUGGGGAAAAUUUGAGCUUCUUGACAAGGGUGGUGAAUUUUUACGGGUCAAAUAAAUUUCCUUAUGGAAUCAACGACGCUUUCUCUCUAAAAUGAGAAAGGGAAGUAGUUUUUAAAAUUCAAAAUCAGGAAAUUUUUACAAUUCUUUUGCAAUCGAGGAAAUCGUUAUGAUGAUUCAAAAGAUGCAACUAUUAUUACGAAAAGCACUCUAGUUUCUAAACGGGAAAACGUGAAAAAGUUUUACUUUAUCGUCAAACAAUUAGGUGUUAACUAUUUCGUUUUCUACCCAAAACAUUUGCGAGUUUAAUGUGUUUCACCUUGAAAGUAGUUGUCGCUUGUGAUAGUUCAAAGAAACAAAAAAAGUAUUAGUGCAAUGAUUAUGAAUAAACAAGUUAAGGUUCAUACAACAUUGGGCUCAUUUCAUCAAUCUGAAUUCACACUGAUAAAAGUAACAUCUGAAAGGCUAGUGGUAUCACCUUGCUCUUACUUUAAGUGUGAGAAAAAUAGAAGAGUGGAAAAAAAUUAAUAACAGGUAAAAUCUAAAAAACUAUUAAAUUAAUUUAAAAAUCCUCGGUGCCCAACUAGUUUCUGGGAAGCACGGCUUCGAACCCAUCGAAGACUAAUUUUUUUAA